AUGCCCCAACCACUGGCGCCGAAAGAAGCGGCGCAGUUCCGAACCAUCAUCCGCAGCUUCGAGGACAAGCAGUACAAGCGAGGUCUGAAGACGGCCGAGAUGAUCCUUAAGAAGCACCCCAAACAUGGAGACACGAUGGCUAUGAAGGCGUUGAUUCUCAACAGCCAGGGAAAGUCAGACGAGGCUUUCCCUCUCGCAAAGGAGGCCCUGACGGUCGACAUGAAGUCCCACAUCUGCUGGCACGUCUACGGUCUCCUGUAUCGAUCAGUCAAGAACUUUGAGGAGGCUAUCAAGGCAUACAAAUUUGCUCUCAAGCUCGAUCCUAGCUCUGCCCAGAUCCAGCGAGAUCUUGCCAUCCUCCAGGUGCACGUUCGUGACUACCAGGGAUACAUCCAGAGCCGGACAGCUAUGCUCCAGGCGAGGCCGCAGCUGCGCUCCAGCUGGACGGCAUUGGCUAUUGCGCACCAUCUGGCUGGAAGCCUUACAGAGGCGGAAAAGGUUCUCACCACAUACGAAGAGACGCUGAAAUCGCCCCCUUCUCGGUUCGACGUUGAGCAUUCCGAGGCAGUCAUGUACAAAAACUCCAUCAUUGCCGAGCAGGGUGACUACCAACGAGCCCUAGACCACCUGGAGACUGGUGCCAAGCACAACCUCGAUCGACUGGCGGUGCUGGAAUGCCGUGCCGACUACCUCCUCAAGCUGGGGCGCAAGGAGGAUGCUGUCAAAGCUUACCGACUCCUCCUCGACCGUAACUCGGAGCACACUCUUUACUAUGAGAAGCUGGAGGAGGCCAUGGAGCUCUCUCCUGACGAUGUGGUCGCACGAAAGGCUAUUUAUGACGAGUAUGCUGCCAAGUACCCUCGUUGCGACAUUGCUCGACGAGUCCCACUCGACUUCCUCAGCGGUGAUGAGUUUCGACAGGUUGCAGAAUCAUAUCUGACCCUUGUGCUGAACAAGGGAAUCCCCUCUCUUUUUGCCAACCUGAAGCACCUUUACUCUGAUUCGUUCAAGAAGGAUACUCUGAGAGAGCUCGUUGAAAAGUACCUCACAUCCCAAGACGUCGACUCUGAGAGUAAAGACAAAGGAGAGGCCGCCGCACUUUACUACCUGGCUCAGCACUACAACUACCACAUGAGUCGCGAUUUGGCAAAGGCGCGCGAGUAUGUUGAUCGUGCCAUUGAAAAGGAUCCCAAGAGUGUCGAUUUCCACAUGACCAAGGCCAGGAUAUUGAAGCAUGAGGGCAACAUCAAGGAGGCGGCAGAGAUGAUGAACCAGGCCCGAAGACUUGACUUGAAGGACCGAUACAUUAACAGCAAGUGUGCCAAGUAUCAGCUUCGAAAUAACGAGAACGAGAAAGCUCUCAAGACCGUUGGCCUAUUCACACGAGCAGAGACCGUCGGUGGCCCCCUUGCAGACCUUUUGGAAAUGCAGUGCAUCUGGUUCUUGACGGAAGAUGGAGAGGCCUAUGCUAGACAAGGAAACACUGGCCUUGCUUUGAAGCGAUUCCACGCCUUGAACAACAUCUUUGAGGUUUGGCAGGAUGACCAGUUUGAUUUCCACAGCUUUUCACUCAGAAAGGGCCAAAUCCGAGCUUAUAUCGACAUGGUUCGUUGGGAGGACCAUUUCCGGGAUCACCCGGUCUACACGAGAGUGGCUCUUGAUGCUAUUAACCUCUAUCUCAAAAUGGCCGAAAAGCCCUCGGCCAACGGAACCAACGGGACAGAUGAAGAGGAUGCUCUCGAGAAGAAGAAGGCGGCCAAGAAGGCCCGAAAGGAGCAGCAGCGUCUCGAGAGAGAGGAGGCGGAGAGACAGGCCAAGCAAAACCCCAACAAGGGCGACAAAGCAGAAGAUGCGAAGAAGAAGGACGAAGACCCUCUUGGCUUGACCUUGGCGGCGACGACAGAUCCCCUCGGCGAGGCAAUGAAGUUCCUAGGACCAAUGCUGCAAGUGAGCCCGAAGAGCAUCGACGCCCAGAUUGUUGGAUUUGAGGUUUACAUGCGCAGAAGUAAAUAUGUCCUUGCGCUGCAGUGCCUUAACCGAGCUCUGGGAAUCGAUGCCGAGAACCCGAGGGUGCACGAGCAGGUCGUUGCCUUCCGAAAGCUGCUCGACAACGCCCCGUCAGACCUCCCUCCCAAGGUUCUCGAAACCCUCAAGGCUGAAUUUAAGCCUGUGGACGAGACUGCGGAUCUGAGCAAAUACAACGAAGCCUUCCAGGCAAAGCACCAGGCUAGCCCCCUUCAUGUGCUCUCCGCCAUCAAGGCCAGGCUACUGUUGGGUGUCGAUGUUGCAAAGUGCGAAAAGGAGAUUUCUAGCCUUAUUGAACACGCGAGUGCAACAUUUACGGAUGCCGUAGCUGCGCUGGAGACGCUCAAGAGCUGGAGAAGCAAAGAAACAGACGCGUUCAGGACAGCAGCUCUGGCCAAAUGGCCCAACGUUUCAAGACUAUCCGAGUAG